UCCCCUUUUAAAAUCUCUCUCUUUCUCUUUCACAAUCUCUUACUAACCCCCAGAAGCUACCUUUAUUCUUCUUACUUACCUAUUAUGGCGAAUUUAAUCCUUAAGCAAACUAUUAUCAUGUUCCUAAUCAUAUUUUCAUCACCAAUCUCGAGUACUCUGGCUCGAAUCCUCCAUGCAGACCGCGUUUCAAAUAUGGGAAAUAUGGAUAGUCAGACUCUCCUACGUGAGCUGGGGUUUGAUCUCUCCAAGUUCAAAGGUUAUAACGAGAGGAGGUUUCUAGUGGAUUCGGACAGGGUUUCACCGGGAGGACCUGACCCGCAACAUCAUUGAAUAUGGUAGUUUCGGAUAUAUAACUUUACCGGAUAUCCAAGCACUAAUAAUUGUGAUUAGUCUAUGCAAGUCAUUGAAUAUCGCUAUUUAUAUGUUUUUCUUCUCUCUUUUUACCUUUCAUAAAUCGUACGUACAAUUUUGUUGUAUCAAGGUUUUGGUAUUACUGUACCUCCUUACAAUAGAUCAACCUUUUCUAUGUAGGUUUUCAUGUGCCUACAAUGAUUUACCUUUUUAUGUAACUGCAAUUGGCUUAUAAAGAAUGU